UUGUUUUUUUUUAUAGCUGUCACUAUAUUCAUUCCUUAUGAACCUCGUCAGGUGAGUUGUCGUGUUGUGUCCAGUAAUUACUGAUUCAUAUAAUGGUUUAGUGACGGUAAAUAUUAACGUUGGUGUGUGUUUUUCUCCCCGACACACACACACACACACACACACACACACACACACACACACACACACACACACACACGCAGGAGCUCAUCAGCAGCGUAAAGGCAGGAGACGAGGUCAGGGUCAGGGACGCCCUCGCAAGGGGAGGAAACCCCAAAGUGACCAUCACCAGUAACACAGGUGGGUCGUGGUGCCUGGUGGCCCUUGCUGCCCAUCAUGACCACGCCCACCUCCUGCCCUGCCUGCUGGAGGCGGGGCUCAGCGUGGAGGGCCGCGGCAGAGACGACCGAACACCACUGAUGCUGGCUGCCUGGCAGGGCUGCACGAGAACGGUGCAGGACUUGCUGACCCUUGGCGCAGACCCGCUGGUUGCAGGCGAAGCAGGAAGGACGGCCCUCCACUUGGCUGCUGAGCGGGGCAGAGCUGAGUGUGUGUCUGCCCUCAUGCCCUCCAGUGACUUUAACGCCAAGGACAAGGAUGGCCGCACUCCCCUCCACUGGGCUGCUAAGCGAGGCAGUGCUAAAUGUGUGUCUGCCCACAUACCCUCCAGUGACCUUAACGCCAAGGACGAGGAUGGCCGCACACCCCUCCACUUGGCUGCUAGUGUUUGUUUUGGGAGUGCUGAGUGUGUGUCUGACCUCUUACCCUCCAGUGACCUUAACGCCAAGGACAAGGAUGGCCGCACACUACAACACUUGGCUGCUGAGCAGGACAGUGCUGAGCGUGUGUCUGCCUUCAUAUCAUCCAGUGACCUUAAUGCCAAGGACAAGGAUUGCUGCACACCCCUCCACUUGGCUGCUAGGCGGGGCAGUGCUGAGUGUGUGUCUGCCCUCAUACCCUCCAGUGCCUUUAACGCCGAAGAUAAGGAUGGCCGCACACCCCUCCACUUGGCCGCUACGCGGGGCAGUGUUGAGUGUGUGUCUGCCCUCAUACCCUCCAGUGCCUUUAACGCCAAAGACAAGGAUGGCCGCACACCCCUCCACUUGGCUGCUAUGCAAGGAAGUGUUGAGUGUGUGUUUGCCCUCAUGCCCUCCAGUGACCUUAACGCCAAAGACAAGGAUGGCCGCACACCCCUCCACUUGGCUGCUAUGCGGAGAAGUGUUGAGUGUGUGUCUGCCCUCAUGCCCUCCAGUGCCUUUAACGCCAAAGACGAGGAUGGCCGCACACCCCUCCACUUGGCUGCUAUGCUGAGAAGGGUUGAGUGUGUGUCUGCCCUCAUGCCCUCCAGUGACGACAAGGAUGGCCGCACAUCACUACACUUGGCUGCUGAGCAGGGCAGUGCUGAGCGUGUGUCUGCGUUUAUAUCCUCCAAUGACCUUAACGCCAAUGACAAGGAUGGCUACAAGGAUGGCCGCACACCCCUCCACUUGGCUGCUAUGCGGGGCAGUGUUGAGUGUGUGUCUUCCCUCAUGCCCUCUAGUGACUUUAACGCCAAAGACAAGGAUGGCCGCACACCCCUCCACUUGGCUGCUAUGCGGGGCAGUGUUGAGUGUGUGUCUUCCCUCAUGCCCUCUAGUGACUUUAACGCCAAAGACAAGGAUGGCCGCACACCCCUCCACUUGGCUGCUAAGCGGGGCAGCGCUGAGUGUGUCUCUGCCCUCAUACCCUCCAGUGACCUUAACGCCAAGGACGAGGAUGGCCGCACACCCCUCCACUUGGCUGCUAGUGUUUGGUUUGGGAGUGCUGAGUGUGUGUCUGCCCUCAUACCCUCCAGUGCCUAUAACGCCGAAGACAAGGAUGGCCGCACACCCCUCCACUUGGCCGCUACGCGGGGCAGUGUUGAGUGUGUGUCUGCCCUCAUACCCUCCAGUGACCUUAACGCCAAGGACAAGUAUGGCUGCACACCCCUCCACUUGGCUGCUAUGCGGGGCAGUGUUGAGUGUGUGUCUUCCCUCAUACCCUCCAGUGACCUUAACGCCAAUGACAAGGAUGGCUGCACACCCCUCCACUUGGCUGCUAGGCGGGGCAGUGCUGAGUGUGUGUCUGCCCUCAUAUCCUCCAGUGCCUUUAACGCCGAGGACAAGGAUGGCCGCACACCCCUCCACUUGGCUGCUAUGCGGGGAAGUGUUGAGUGUGUGUCUGCCCUCAUGUUCUCUUGUGGCCUUAACGCCAAAGACAAGGAUGGCCGCACACCCCUCCACUUGGCUGCUAUGCGGGGCAGUGUUGAGUGUGUGUCUUCCCUCAUGCCCUUUAGUGACUUUAACGCCAAAGACAAGGAUGGCCGCACACCCCUCCACUUGGCUGCUAGUGUUUCUUUGAGGAGUGCUGAGUGUGUCUCUGCCCUCAUACCCUCCAGUGACCUUAACGCCAAGGACAAGGAUGGCCGCACACCCCUCCACUUGGCUGCUGAGCUGGGCAGUGCUGAGUGUGUGUCUGCCCUCAUGCCCUCCAAUAACCUUAACGCCAAAGACACGGCUGGCAGCACACCCCUCCACUUGGCUGCUAAGCGGGGCAGCGCUGAGUGUGUCUCUGUCCUCACACCCUCCAGUGACCUUAACGCCAAAGACAAGGAUGGUCGCACACCCCUCCACUUGGCUGCUAGUGUUUCUUUGAGGAGUGCUGAGUGUGUCUCUGCCCUCAUACCCUCCAGUGACCUAAACGCCAAGGACAAGGAUGGCCGCACACCCCUCCACUUGGCUGCUGAGCUGGGCAGUGCUGAGUGUGUGUCUGCCCUCAUGCCCUCCAAUAACCUUAACGCCAAAGACAAGGAUGGCCGCACACCCCUUCACUUGGCUGCUAUGCGGGGCAGUGUUGAGUGUGUGUCUUCCCUCAUGCCCUCUAGUGACUUUAACGCCAAAGACAAGGAUGGCCGCACACCCCUCCAUUUGGCUGCUAUGCGGGGCAGUGUUGAGUGUGUGUCUUCCCUCAUGCCCUCUAGUGACUUUAACGCCAAAGACAAGGAUGGCCGGACACCCCUCCACUUGGCUGCUAAGCGGGGCAGCGCUGAGUGUGUCUGCCCUCAUACCCUCCAGGGACCGUAA